GUCGCGACGCUACUUCUGAAUUCAUAAAAUCUAAGUGCAACUAUUUCUAUUCAUGUGUAUUGUAUGUACUUUACGUGGAAGUUGUAUGUAUUUUACGUGAGUACUCACAAACUUUAAGUGGAAUUGGAUUUUUGUUCUUGGAGGUUUAACGUCAUAGGAUAACUUAGCCACGAACCAAUCAGCUUUUGCAACAAGUGGAUAAUUGUUACAGAAUAAAUAAGAAUAAAGAUUAACGUCUCAUUUGACGCAAAGUUCACAGCAAGUCCAGAUGAAUAAACUUCAACAAACGUUCACAUAGCAAUAAAGAGCAAAUUUUCUACUGAAACAGGUUUGGAAAUUUCACGGUGACCGACGAAAAUGUUUUGUUCUAUGAUUCUAGUUUUCUCUUGCAUUCCGCAGCUGGAGCGGGCGUCAAGUUUGAUUACGAUUCUGCUGAGUAUGGUGUUACUGCAUGGGCCACGAACUAUCCUGACUUCUGUAACGGAACUAGACAGUCUCCAGUUGAUAUUGUUAACGCAAUACCCAACAGGAAUCUUGGCAACAUCAAGUUCGACAAUUAUGCAAAAUAAUGUGACUGUUACUGUAACAAAUAACGGUCAUACAUACGUGACGUCAAGCAUCAGUAACUAUAACCCAGUCCCCUUCAUCAGUGGUGGUGGAUUACCUGGGACAUAUCAACUGGCUCAAUUUCAUUUUCACUGGGGUAAUGACUCAACUAAAGGAUCAGAACAUACGGUGAAUGGAAAGAAGUAUGCAGCAGAGCUUCAUUUGGUUCAUGUGAACACGAAAUAUUCGGGUCUCAAUGAAGCUAAAAAAGUCAGAUGGUCUUGCUGUCUUAGGAAUACUUAUUGAAGAAGGAGACGCCAACCCUUAUUAUGACUUUA